AUGGAUAUCUUCAACAGAUGCGUCCCGGAGCUCCCGUCGGCGGGAGCCAGAGGACUUGUUUGCGAUGGAGAUGGAGCAGGAGACGUCGGCUUCGACAGAGCCGGGGCUGGAACCGAAGCCGGAGGGGAAGCAACCGGAGCCGACGUAGGUGCAGCCGGUGGAGGAGGAGAUGGCACCGGAGGCGGCGGCGAGGCGGGAACUAUCGGCGGAGGCGCGGAGACUGGCAGUGGUGUUGAAACCGGAGGCGGCGUUGCUGCUGGAGGCGUCGGAGUGGUCACCGGAGGUGGACUAAUUCUCUACAAAGUGCCGCAACAAGCGUAUGGAUGA